CUUUCGUGGACGUAAUUAAAAUGGCGCCGCGGUUCUCGUAUCUGGCUUCAUCGAAUCGACAAUAUUUCAGUCAAUCGACUAGUUGAUUUCGAUGGAGCUUUACGUAUAUACAACGAGCACGUGGAGUUUUAGUCAAGAUAACCCCGAAGAUUACUUAUUGCAAUCGACCGUCAUUCAAAAAUCAAGUACUUUUCCUUUCAGUCUACAAAGGUUGAUACGUCGAGAAAAACAAUGAAACAGGAUACUCUUGUCUAGAUAGAACCGAAUCAUUUGUUAGCAGUGAACCGAUUUGUCGAAUGCUGCUUCGUUUCCAAUUAUUGGAACUAAGUGAAGUGCUGUGUCUUCGUUAUAAUGUCAAUUUUAAUUGAUAAUGGAUGAAAUCAUUAAACGUGAAUUGACAUUAACGCUUGAUCUGUCGUUUGCAGACGAAGGAGGUACCAGAGGUAACGGAAUUCAUCUGAAAAAUGGCAUCGACUAUGUCAACCCUGGCGAAGAAGAUCAGAUGGAAAUCUAUGGCUAUAAGAGAAACAAGAUCUUCACCGUUGUUACCUGGUUCUUGAUCGUCAUCACCGGAGGACUUCUUAGGUUGGUCUUUCACUGGGUACCGCACUUGAUGCUGUUGGCAACUCAUUCCAAGUGUCAAUUAGAAGAUGCAGACAGAGUCUUGCUGGUGGAGAAGUUUCAAGGAAAACACACGAGUUACUAUGUGAAGAAAUUAAAGACCUUAGCUGCCCAGGAUGUAGUUAACAAGCCAUUUGACGGAGAAUCAUUAAUGGAUAACGAACCCUGGGUGGAAAACGGCAGCAUGAUAACCAUCAAGGAAGUGAAGGAAGAAUACCCAACGCUGUCUUUGCAUUUACUCGGCGGUCAAUUCAAACAGGUUCCAUCUAUCGUUCUUUUUCAUUGUAAAAAGUUAACUUACGUUUGGGACCACGAAAGAUCAGAAUUUCUGAAGCUUCGCGGUCUAGAUGUUGGCGUUUUAACUUCGACGUUGCAUCAAAUGCAAGGACUGAACUAUCACGAGCAGCACAUGAGACGCAACGUUUACGGAAACAACGAGAUCGUGAUUCCAGUGAAGAGUAUCUUAACGCUCCUUUGUCUGGAGGUUCUCAAUCCAUUCUAUGUCUUCCAACUGUUCAGUUUUUGCCUCUGGGUUGCCGACAAUUAUUACUACUACGCCAUGGUCAUUUUAUCAAUGUCCAGUGUCGGUAUAAUUAUGGCAGUCUUCCAGACUCGACGGAACCAACACAAUUUACGAUCCACCGUUCACUCGUCUGACGUGGCGACUGUGAUGAGAGAUAGAAUGACCGGACAAACUGCAACUGUGCCCGCUGAACGAUUGGUACCCGGUGAUAUUUUAGUUAUUCCAUCUCAUGGUUGUCUGAUGCCGUGCGACGCUGUGCUUCUCACAGGAAAUUGUAUCCUGAACGAGUCUAUGCUUACGGGGGAAUCGGUUCCCGUCACCAAAACUCCUAUACCUUCGUCCAGCGAGAUAAUCUACGAUACCAAGGAGCACGCGAGGCAUACUCUGUUCUGCGGUACUCGUGUCAUUCAGACCAGAUACUAUGGAUCCGAAAAGGUUUUGGCGGUCGUUAUCCGGACAGGGUUCAACACGAGCAAGGGUGGCCUGGUGAGGUCCAUCAUGUACCCUCCACCGGUUGAUUUCAAGUUCGAACAAGAUUCCUACAAGUUUGUCGUUCUAUUGGCUGGAAUCGCGAGCAUCGGCGUGAUCUACACCAUCGUGACAAAGAUCAUGAGAGGUGUGCAAAGCAGUCACAUCGCUUUGGAAGCUUUAGACUUGAUCACGAUCGUUGUACCUCCGGCUCUACCAGCGGCUAUGACCGUUGGUCGUCUGGUGGCGCAACGUAGAUUAGAGAAGAACAAGAUUUAUUGCACCAGCCCAAGGACUAUAAACGUGUCGGGAUCGAUCGAUUGCAUUUGCUUCGACAAAACUGGAACACUGACCGAGGACGGACUGGAUAUGUGGGGCGUGGUGCCCGCUGUCGACAACAAGUUUCAGUUGCCUAUCAAAGAGAUCAUCUCCCUGCCUUUGAAUGAUCUUCUCAUUGGAAUGGUCACGUGUCACGGGAUCACUAUAAUCGAUAAUCAGCUGGUAGGUGACCCGCUCGAUCUGAAAAUGUUCGAGUCCACCGGCUGGACAUUGGAGGAGCCCGAUGUAUCCGACACGUCCAAGUUCUCCAUGCUUUUUCCCACCGUCGUUCGACCGCCGAAGAGUUCGAAACUGCUGAAGAAACUGUCGAACGAUAUAAGGAUCUCUAUCAGCCGACAAAACUCGAUUACAUCCGAGGUGGUGGACAACGUUUCGUUGAAUAAUCUUGAUUCCGCGUUGGCUGAUUCCACUACGGAAUUGGGCGAGCAAGGAUUAGAAAUUGGAAUCGUGCGACAAUUUCCGUUCACCUCGAGCCUUCAACGGAUGAGCGUGAUCACGAGGACAUUGGGCGCGAAUCAUUACGAUCUUUAUUGCAAAGGUAGCCCGGAAAUGAUCCUGAGCCUUUCCAAAGCCGAAUCGAUUCCAGCUGACUUUGGCGCGGUCUUGCAAGAGUACACGUCGGAAGGAUAUCGCGUGAUUGCGAUGGCGCACAAAACUUUGAAUCGUCUUCCUUACGCGAAAGUUCAAAGAUUGAGCCGCGAGGCCGCCGAAUCCGAUUUGAUCUUCUUGGCGUUCGUCAUCAUGGAGAACAGAUUGAAACCAGAAACCAUGCCAGUCAUCAGUGCUUUAAACACUGCCUGUAUUAAAACCGUGAUGGUCACUGGUGACAACAUGUUGACAGCUCUGUCAGUUGCCAGAGACUGCGACAUAGUGAAGCCAGGAACACCGGUAAUCGCGGUCUCGGCUACUCAACAGAAUCAAGUGAAGCCACAGAUAUAUUUCACGAAGAGCAACAGUCAACCGUCGCCAAUUUCACCGAUGGGUCACGGGGAUCUUAGCGAAAUGACUGAUUUGAAUAGCAUAGCUAGCUUGGACACGGUCGAAAGUGGCUCUUUCGGGAACAAUCAGUUCGAAAACGAUGUCAAUUAUUUAUCCGACGACUUACAACACUCGAAAAACAAGUACGUGUUUGCACUCACUGGUAAAACGUGGGCACUGAUCAAACAUUACUACCCAGAACUGAUUCCCAAACUUGUCACACGUGGUGCAAUUUUUGCGCGAAUGUCGCCAGACCAGAAGCAACAGCUUGUUCAGGAAUUGCAAUCUUUAGGAUACUAUGUUGCCAUGGUGGGUGACGGUGCAAACGAUUGCGGAGCUUUGAAGGCUGCUCACACAGGAAUUUCUCUGUCGGACACCGAAUCAUCCGUAGCUUCACCCUUUACCAGUCGCGAAACCAACGUCUCCUGCGUUUUGACCGUCAUUCGGGAAGGUCGCGCUGCUCUGGUUACCUCUUUCGGCAUUUUCAAGUAUAUGGCUACUUAUUCGCUUACUCAGUUCAUAUCCGUGAUGUUGUUGUACAGUAUCGAGUCUAACUUAACGGACAUCGAGUUUCUGUACAUCGAUCUCUUCAUCAUCUCUAUCUUCGCUUUCUUCUUCGGUCGUACCGAAGCGUACGAUGGUCCGUUGGUUAAAACAGCACCUCUGAACAGUUUGAUCAGUACCACCCCGGUCCUCAGCCUCGUAACACAGAUUCUGAUCGUGGCUGUGUUUCAGUACGCCAGUAUUUGGCAUCUUCAACAAAUGGAUUGGUUCGUUCCGUUCAACGCGACGAUCAAAGCGAUCGAGAAUAAGGACGACGUUGGUUGUACAGAAAACUAUACGGUUUUCAUUAUCAGUUCGAUGCAGUACAUUAUUUUAGCGGUGACGUUCUCGAAAGGACAUCCGUAUAGAAAAUCCUUGUUCACGAAUUACGGUCUGUUAACUUCGUUCAUUUUCUUGAGCCUCUUCUCGGUCUACCUCGCCACGUUUCCCUUCGAAUGGCUGACCGAUUGGUUCGAGCUCGUGCUUCCCGAGAGCAUCAGUUUCCGUUUCAUACUGGUCGGCUACGGCAUCGUGAAUCUAGUGAUCUCGUUGCUGAUGGAAUACGUUUUCGUCGACUACCUCGUUUUUAGCAAGUUACGUUACCGCUGGCACAACGUUGACAAAUCGAGAAGAAAAUUUCUCGCUUACGAACGCGAUAUGGCUCGUGACUUAAAAUGGCCAAUGAUCUCCCAGGAACCUUUGCCAGAAGCGACACCGGAUAUUCUGAUCCGUCAGAACGUUACCGAAAUCAAGAUCGAGAAACGCGUGCCCGAUCCCUGUCACCCGGUCGACACCAGUUUCAUGAACAGUCCCGUAUGCCCUGGUUUUAAACAGUUUGGCUCGGCCAGGGAAGUUACCUUGAAUCCUAGAUCCCUGUUCAACGAUCGCAGGAACACCGUGUCCAUGCAAACGGUGCCCUGUUUCGAGGACAAGGACUCCGUGACGAAGCAGCCAAAAUUGGAACUAACGGCGAAGAGGAGGCACAAUUCCGAGUCGGAAAACGGGAUAAAUCGGUACGAGAAACCGUUCAAGAGCCACAGCACCAAUCCGAUCGCAACGUUGCCUAGAAACACGGCCAUGGCUCUUCAACCGCAAAAAUUGAGGGAUUUUAAGAACGCGUUGACUCAUAAAAGCGAAGACCGAUUGUCUCCUAGCACGCAAAGCGUCCUCGAACUCGACAUACUUCCGUCGUAG